GAUCAAAUCAUUAGCUGAUUAAUCAUUUCUCUGUUUCUGAAAUACUUUUCUUGUGUUUAAAUAUUAUUUCAAAAUGGAACAUUAUGUUUUUCUGCAGACUUUGAAGCCCAACAAACGCCAAGAUGUCAGAGAAAAAGAUGUCAUCGAGUCGCAAGCAUCACGUGAAGAGUUUGAUGCUGUCCAUCGCCAAAGGUUUACUGGAGGAGGAGGAGAGGCAGCGAGAGGAGGAGAGGACCAGGUACAUGACGGAGACCUGUCCUCCUGUGUCCAUGCCCCGCAGCAUGCAGGAGCUGCAGGAGCUGUGCAGGGAGAUCAACCACAAGAUCGACGUGAAGGACGAGGAGCGAUACGACCUGGAUAUCAAAGUCAAUAAAUCCAACAAGGAGAUCGACGACCUGAAGAUCAAAGUUCAGGACUUGAUGGGCAAGUUCAAGAAGCCCGUCCUGAGGAGAGUCCGCAUGUCCGCCGACGCCAUGCUGAAGGCUCUGCUGGGCUCCAAACACACGGUCAACAUGGACCUGAGGGCCAACCUGAAGCAGGUCAAGAAGGAGGUCAAGGAGGAGGAGCUGCGAGACGUCGGCGACUGGCGUAAAAACAUCGAAGACAAAUCCGGCAUGGACGGGAGGAAGAAGAUGUUUGAGGCCGAGGCUUAAACGAGCUGCAGUGAUUCUAUCAGCGACUGGUUUAAUCAACAUAUAGCACAAAUACAUUAACAAAUAACAAAACUAC